AUGAGCAGCCAGGAACAGCAACAGGCACAAGUGACUGCAGCGCAAGUGAUGCAGGAGCUUGUGAAUCUGAGAAACGAACUCACAAGGCAACGCGAAGAGAAUGAUCGGCUAAGGGCCGAGCAAAGCACAGCACUUGAGCGAGUGCGGCAAGAGAGUGCAGCUCAAGUUGCGGAAGUGCGAGCACAGGCGCAUACGGCAGUGCAGCAGGCGACGGCUCAGAUGGGCACGAUGCCACAGUUGGUGAGCGACAUGGUCAAGUCGAACAAGGAACUGGUUGAGGCCAUGGCAAAGAAAGGAGGACCAAACGAGAAGCUCUGUUUGGUCGACACAAAGGGCCUGGGAAAGCCGACGACCUUCUCAGGUGAGAGUGAACAGUUCCUACCAUGGAGGCAUCGAAUGUCGAGCUACGUUUGUUCGAUCCACCAUGAUCUGCAAGAAGUUCUAGAGUGGCUCGAAGAGAGGGAGAAGCCAUUCUCCUCGGAGGAGUUGGACACAGCCUUUGGAGAAAAGGCGUUGGAGGCGGAUCGAGUUCCCAGACUGCAAGAAAAGUCGAGGGAGCUCGCGAACGCGCUCCAAAUGGUUACCUCGAAGGAACCAUUUACGAUCGUGUGCAAUUGCCAGAACAACGGGUUCGAGGCAUGGAGACGCCUUACGAGGCGAUACGAUCCUGCGACUGCAAGCAGGAAGCGCACGAUGUUGAGAGCGAUUAUAUCGCCCCAGAAGCAGAAGCUGGAGAAUCUCCCUCAGGCCAUCGAAGAAUGGGCCGACGCUGUGCGCACUUACGAGAAGCGCAAGGACAGCACAGGGCGACGAACGACCCUGGCUGAUGAGAUAAAGAUGGCAGCACUGGAGGCAAUGUUGCCACAGGAGCUGGAGUCUCACAUCCAGUUGAACCAGAGCCGGUUCUCCACGUACGACGACGUGCUCGACGAGGUGACUCGCUUCAUCGAGUACAAGACAGGAAAGAGUCUGAAGGUGAUUUCUGCAGCCGCAGCCAGUGCGGCGAGCAAGGAUGAUCCUAUGGACCUGUCGUAUGUGGAGAAAGGCAAAGGAAAAGGAGCAAGCAAGGUCGUGUGCCACAACUGCGGCAGGAGCGGACACUAUGCCCGCGACUGCUGGAGCAAUGGAGGCAAAGGAGAAGAGGAUGAAGGCUGGGAAGACGGAGACUGGGGAGAAACCUGGGAGGUUCCUCCAAAGGAGGAAAAAGACGAGGAUGAAAAGGAGCUAGAAGCUCUGGAAGAGCAAAUGGACAGAGCAAGGGGUCAGUUCCAAGACAUGAAGGAAAAGGUGGAACUUGCGAGGAGACGUCGCCAGGAAAGACUUCUUCAGGAAGCGGAAGAGCUGGCAGAAGCCAGGAGACGUUCCCGCGGCGAGGUGCCGGGGCAGUCCAGCUUCGGAGCGUUUUCGUCUUCGUCGCGAGGACCUCCGGAGAGAGUGCGCGAGCCAAAGGCCGGAAAGAAAGAGGAGAAGAAGGAGGUGAGGUCUAAGGCUUUGGACACGGCACCCUGGAACGUUUCGCGCUACCGGGAGCCACCAGUGCAUGAGCCCAAGACCCCUCCAAAGGCGAAGCAAGAAAGGCCGAGAACACCGCCGAAGUCACCACCGCCUUCCAGGACCAAAAGUCCGCUUCUCAAGCCGAAGGUAGAGCCAAAGAGAACAGAGCCAAAGUCACCACCUUCGAAGCCAAAGGCAGAGCCGAAGAGAACAGAACCAAAGUCACCACCUUCGAAGCCUCCACCUAGAAGUGAAGAAGUGCAGCCAAGAAGCGAAGAGGUGGAGAGACAACUUGCUACCACAGCGCCGAAGUGGGGAGCCUCAAGGAGCCAAAGACCUGUGGCGAAGGCAAAGCCAAAGCUUCUAAGGAGUCCGGCGUCUUGGGCAGGAAUGCGCUUCAGGGAACGUGUGGCCCACCAAGAUGCCAUACGAGACAAGAAGCCCAGAGGCACCGUCGGGGAGUCCUUACUGAAGAAGCAAGGCGAGGCCUGCUCCACCUGCGUGUCGAGGCGACUGAAGUUCAGGAGCAAAGCGUCCCUUCUGCUGAAGAAGAGGAUGAAAGAGUACAAGGCAGCAGCUGCAAAAGCAGCGGGCUCCCACUACGCCAGGAAAGUUUUCGAAAGAGAAAAGCUUGUGAGGGCCGACAGGCCCAGCAAGGCUGAACUGAGGAGCGCAAAGGUAGCCGAGAAGGUGAAGCAAAGGGAGGAAGAAGCCGCUGGUGAAGAAGAAGAAGAAGACAAGUUUUCCUUGGAGCCGGAGAGCUCCGAGGACGAAAGCGACUUCGAGGAUGACCCUCCAAGCGAGGGGCCCGAGGAGCCCAAGAAGGAAGAAAAGAAGAAGCCACCAAAGCAGGAAGAAGGAACCGAAGGAGCAACCGCGAUCACGGCAAGCACCUCGAGCAGCAUGCAGAGGAUGCUAGCGUCGGGUCUUAUGGAGACCAACCGUGCGAACCUCGCGGUCUUGGACCAGAGGAUCGCGACAAAGAGAGAGAAGCUCGAGGGACGCGGCAGUGACCCAGAGCUGGAAGCCGAGAUCGCGAGCCUGGAAGACGAGCGGAAGCGCCUGAAAGAGGAGCGUGAGCGCCUCAGGGCGCAGCAAGCGGGCGUGAAGAAAAAGGAACCCGAACACCGCAGAGACCAGUCGGUGCACGACGUGCGCUACAAACGCCAAGUGGAAAAGGGAGACAGCCACUGGAAGGCUUGGCGUGCGGAAAAGGGACGAAGGAGAGCGCAAGAGCACAGACGCAGCGGUGUGGGCGAAAGAGCAAAGGAGAGGAUCGAGGCCGACAAGAAGUGGCACGCCCGGCACGACGUGAAAGUGAAAAAGGGCGACUUCCGCGAUAACCAGAAGGAAGAGGUCGACGGCAUCGACACGGAGGUUAUCCACAGCGAUGGGACGGAGGCCAAGCCCGAGCGGCGAAAGGACUACCGCCCCCUCACGAAAGCCGAAAGGACGAGCCACCGCGUGGAUGCCGACGACGAGGAGGAGCUCUACCGGAAGGAGCUCGAAAAGCAGGAAAGGCCGAAGGCGACCGGGCGCUACUCGGCGGACCCGUCGAUUGCGGCCGAGCAGAAGAAGAAGAGGAACCAAAAGAGAAACCAAAGGCGCAACAAGCUGAAGAGGAAGCUUGGGUCGACCUGGGAUCCAGAGCACAGAGGAAAGAAGAAGGUCAAGAAAAGCGAAGACGACGACGAAGAGACUGUGCACUGUGAAGACUACAACGACCGCCGCGACCCAAGAGGAGAAGACCCGGAGGACCCGGGCGAAGGAGGCGUGCGCCAAUCGGUGCACAGCUUCGAGACCGUGGAUGCUGCCAGCCUGGGCGCUUCGCCAGGCGUGGCUAGCGUCGAGGUCAACUUUGACACGGGAGCGGCCGUGACCGUUCUGCCUGAGAAGUACGUGACGCAGCCAAAGGACAACGGCGUCCGCUACAAGACGGCGUCAGGUGAGGCGCUGAAAGACCAAGGAAAAGCCGAGGUCACCGGCACUUUGUCGGGAGGCCGUGGGGCCACGAUCACCGGCCGAGGCGCCGGGGUCCACCGCAUACUCCUGUCAGGAGCACAGGCGUGCAAGACGCAUUUUGCGUUUCUGCACGGAACAGGAGGCUUGCUGGUCCCAAAAGGAACUGCUUUCGCUAAGGAGGCCGACGAGGCGUUGCGCCAGUUGGCUUGGAAGCACAAGGGUGUCGGAACCAAGAUGCAAGUGAAGAACGGCAUCUACGUGUUUCCUCUGCAAGACGAGAAGAAAGGAGUGAAGGGCGGAAGCAAGGGCCAAGAAAAAGGAGGCACUGAAGACGACCGCUUUGCCGAGGAGCCGGAGGAAGACGACGUGAUGCCGCACCUGGUGGUUCGGUGCGACAAAACGCAGCGCACUUGGGCAACUUCGUUGCCCGAGAAAGGCACGCAUGCGUACAACGUCACGUGGUUGGCCAGCGUGAUACGCGAGGCCUCCGAAGAAGUCCAAAAUGUAGUGUUCGACUUGAGAGAGAGUCCUACAAGUACGGAACACGAGAAUGCGCCAUCGAACGGCAUAGCCGAGGCCGCAGUGAGAGAGGUGAAGCGAAUGGUCCGAGCUAUCCUGUCGGAGCUGGAGACAAAGCUUAAGAUCGAGGUGGGCGUGGACCACCCGAUUCUCGCCUGGAUCGCGAGGCAUGCAGCGUUCUUGAUGACACGUUUUCGCAUUGGCGAAGACGGGAAGUCAGCUUACGAAAGGACGCUGGGCCGACCGUGGAGGCGACCUACCAUUGUCUUUGGCGAACAGGUGAUGUUCAAGCCAGUUGGUUCGAGACACAAGCGAGGAAGCCUAGAUGCAAGAGUUUGCAUGGGACGUUACGUCGGAACUGCGUCGAGGAACGCAGACUUGCUGAUCAUGACGUCCGAGGGUAUAUCCCGGGGCCACUCCUUGCACAGGAGGCCCGAGGAUGAGAAAUGGCCUGUUGAAGGUUUCGAAGUGCUACGCGGAUUGCCUUGGAGGAUGUCCGGUCCACAAGAGCGAGCGUCGCCCAACCGAGUCGGUAUGCCCGCUCUCGAAGGCGAACAACCCGCGCCACAACACCGAGACUUCAAGGCACGCAACCUGUACGUCAUGAAGUCCGACAUUGAGCUGUACGGCUACACGCCUCAGUGUCCGGGAUGCGAUGCGCAGCUGAUGGGUCUCCCGCAGCGAGCGCACAAUGACGAGUGCAGGAUGAGAGUGCAGAGAAGACUGCAAGAAACCGACGAGGGAAAAGAAAGAGUGAAAAGGGCCCAAGAGCGAGUUGAAAAGGACUACGGAAAGCGGGUCAAAAGAGACCAACCCGCGCUGGAAGGAAGACCUGCCCCCGACGCAAUGGAUGUUGCAGCAGAGGAAGCGGCAGGCGCACCUUUGUCCAGACCAAUGGAGGUCGAGGACCGCGCCGAGCCGAAACAGCGGAAGCGCGCAGCGUCCAAGGACGUCGAGGACCUUUACCGGGAAGAGCCCAGCACGAGGGCUACCGAUGGUCCAGAUGUCGAGGUCAUUGGAGUACACGUGCAAGGGGGAGCAAGUGGCUCUGCAGGACCCGGCCUGGACCACUCACGCCAACAAGCACGAGCAGAUGCAGAAAUGUACGACACAGCAACGGCGAAUCCGCCGCCAGCCAACGAGGAAGUGCGAAUGAACCUGAUUACGCGGAUGUUCGAACAAAAGGGGCUCAAGUGCAGCCCGACUGAAGCGAAGGCCAUAAACUCUAUGGUUCUACAGUUGGGAGGUAAUGGCAAUUCAGCUGUGCCCUGGAGCAUGGUGAAUGAAGGCAUUAUCUUGCCAAUGGACCAAGAGCCGCCGAUGUUCGCUCAAGCUGAGCAUUUGCGUUUCUUCGAAAAGCUGGAACAAGUGAAGCCAAAGCUUCUGGUGGGCAAGCUGCCCACUGGACCCUUCCAGUCAGUACAACGUGCUUUCGACAUGACCAACAAGAUUGGAGUCGAGACCAGACGCGGAAAUUUGAGGAAGGCCCGAUCUCAACUGGGGCUUUGCUUUGAGGCCUUCGAGGCACAGAAGGAAGCCGGAAACUACUUCCUCUAUGAGUGCCCAAGGGGAACUAAGUCCAGUCUAAGUCCUGGGAGCAUGAACUUGCUCAAAGGCCAAUCCGGCAAGAAGCGAACCCGCUGGAUUACUAAUUCGGCGACGGUUGCAACAGCGCUGGAAAAGCUAUGCAAGGGCAAUGCGAAGGUGUGGAACCGAACGUUAAGCUUCAAGGAGGGGAUCGUGACGGCCAAGGCCGAGUAUCCUCCGAAGCUUGAAAGAGCACUACUGGCAGGAGUGCGAGCACAACUGGUUCUGGAUGGAGAAAUGAAGGAGGUGGGCCAUGUGGGUGGACCUGACCCACACGAGGAGCCACCGCUCGAAGAGUAUCUCCAUGAUACCUUACCCAAGGCUGGGCAGCUUCACGUAAGCGAGCCCGUCAUAGACGCAAACACAGGGGCACAACUUGAUGCCAAAAAGGUUGCGGAAGCAAGAGCGUCAGAACUUGCCUGGGUGAAAAAGCAAGGUGUGUACGAGAAAGUCGAAGAGAGCGUGUGUUGGGACGAAACAGGUCGUCCGCCCAUAACCUUGAAGUGGGUAGACCGCAACAAAGGGGAUGAUGUUCGGGAAAACUACCGCAGUCGUUUGGUAGUCCGCGAGGUCAAGUCACAGGGACAAGCGGCGUUGAUACCAGACUACGCACUGUUUUCCUCAAUGCCACCUCUGGAAGGAUUGAAGAUCCUAUGCAGUCUGCUGACGACACUCAAGAGGUCAAAGAGCGGAAAGAAGCUCACGCUGAAGCUGACAGACAUAUCACGUGCACACUUCUAUGGAAAAGCAGAACGACGUGUGUUUGUCACACUUCCCGAGGGAGAUGAAGCUCCCGGCUUUUGUGGUCUGUUGAAACGGACCAUGUAUGGCACCCGUGAUGCCUCAGCUGUAUGGCAGAGAUCGUACACAAGCCUGUUACGCAAGCACGGGUUUGUCGUGGGAAAAGCAUAUCCGUGUACCUUUUAUCAUGCCGAAGCCGACGUGAGAUUAUUGGUGCAUGGGGAUGAUUUCCUAGUCUUGGCAGACGAAGAUGGACAUCGCUUUGUAGACAAAGUACUGUCUGAAGAGUACGAGUUCAAGUGUGAUGGCCACAUAGGACCUGAGUGUGAAAAGGAUAGCAUGACUGUCCUGAACCGGGUCGUGAGCUAUGACAGCCAGACAGGAACUGUUACGUACGAAGCGGAUCCAAGGCACGCGGAAGCCCUAGUGCGCGACCUUGGACUGGAGUCUGCGAAGGCGGCCAAAACGCCAGCAGAAAAGAAAAAGGGAAGUGACCUGAAGGCGAUGCUUGAAGCGCAGCCGUUGAAUGCCGAACUUCAGAAAGCAUAUCGGUCUCAUACGAUGAGGGCAGCGUUCCUUGCGCAGGACAAGCCGAUUGACAUUCCCGGCCUGCAAGUGAAGUUCAAAAACUUCCUGAAAGGACUCAGGCUGCUUGAUCCUUUCGACUGCGGCGGCAGCAACAUGCUUGGUGGCUACGAGAGCUGCGUCCGAAAAGAGCUGGAGCUGAAGCUGAGCUUUUGGCCCCCGGACCAUCGUGGCUUGAUUCCUCCAGACAUCUGGUUCGAAGUGAAGAGGCAAUUGAUCAUUGGAGGCAGGGGCCUUGUCAGCCUCAUUGUGAACAAGGUCAUGAUCCUCUUCGAAUGGCCCGUCACCAAGCUGGUUGGCUACUUGGACCCGCAAGUCCCAUUCGACCUGCCGAAGCUGAAGGAGAAGUUUAUGAUCAGCCUCAAGUUCAAGCUCAUGGAGUUUGGCAUCUCUCUGAUUGGAGAGCUUGUGGACUACCUCAUAUUGCGCGGCAAGGGGCUGCUGGACGUCUUUGUGGGGAACUUCUCCGGGCCCCUUCUCCGUGAAAUUUCGAUCAAGUUCGACGACUGGAAAAAAGAUCAGAAGUGGCUGGACAACGACGGCCCUCCAUCGACCGACAGCUGGGCCAAGAAAGCAAAGAAGAAAGCCAGCCAGCUUGCCAAGGAUGGAGCAGCGGCACUCAAAACGCUUGGGCAGAAGGUGGCGGAGUUCGUAAGAGAUGCCGCCGCAUUCAUGAGCGAGUUGCCGGCGAAGAUCUGGGAGUACAUCCGAGACCUAUACGAACAAAUCAAGAGAUGGGGCGUCGAUGUGAUGAAACCGAGAUUGAUAAUUGGUGGCAAGCAGUUGGUAUGCUUCAGUCAGGAGGAAUUGGUGAGAUUGCUUCUGGACCUUGCUGUGGAAAAAGGGGGCGAGUUCGUGGAAAACCAAGUCAACAGCCAACUGGACGGGAUCAGGUCCGACGCAAUGGCAGAAGUCUCGGGGGCCCGGAGGUUCCUCACGGAGCCGCUGGAAGGCAUCAAGGUUGACCAGUUGCUCAACCAGGUCAUGCCCGCCUCGGGCAUUUCAGCGGUCUACACGGCAAUCCGGGGCGAGAUCAGCACGAAUGUCAAAGACGCGAAGAAUGGCCUCGUGCAGACGAUCAAGAACGGUGAGGCCUUUGCGGAUAUGGUCUCCACAAUGGCCAAGAACUUUGUGGUGAGCCAGAUGAGGAAAGUCACAGACAGGCUGAUCAAGGCCUUCGCGAGUGCAAACGAGGUGUGCGAAUUCCCCUUGCCAAAGCAGCGCUUUAAAGCGAUGUGGCAAGCGUUGAAAGACAUGGCCCAGGAGGCCAGAACGGCUCUCUCUACCAAAGCCAGCGGCUUCAACAGCAUGCGCAAGAAGGUCGUUGGAAAGCUCAGCGCAGAAGUCAAGGUCCGGGUGAAGCGGCAGCUGAAAGCCCGCGAGCUCUCGCUCAAGACCAAGGUCAUGGAGGCCUUCAAGACGGAUGUUGCCAGGGCCAGUGAGGCUGCGGACGCCGGCAAGGAGUUCAUGAAGGGGUUGUUGCGGACUUUCGUUGUGGAGCCCAUGUGCGCGAAGUCAACGAGGACCGGAAAGGGCUCAAAAGCCUUGGCUUCCAAAUUUUCGCCCGACCCCGAUGCUCCAGUGAACUGCCAGCUGUGA